CUGCUGGCCGCUCGUUAAUACUUCUUUCACUGUUUCCGCUGUUCCGGUUGGUCACGUGAAUUUCAGCAACGAAAGCAUAAAGGAGUAUACAUGUAUAAUAUUCGUUUUGAUGAAUGGUUGUAACUGCAUUAGGUCAUAUAUCCGAUAGCUGUGUUGGUGAAGGAUACAAUAACAACGAGUGUUUCAUAAUGGACUGUCAACCUCGAGGAGGAAGACGAGGAAAAGGAAACCGGAAUGAAGAGAGCAGAGAUGUGCGUCUGUCUAAAUCUCUGUCUUACGCAUUACGCCAUGGUGCCAUUAAGAUGGGUCUGCAGUUGAACUCGGAUGGUUUUGUGUUUGUGGAUGAACUUCUGGCUCAUCAGCAGUUCUGCUCGUUUUCACUGCAGGAUGUGGAGCGAGUGGUGGACAGCAACGACAAACAGCGAUUCAAGCUUUGCAACCACCCCGAGGAUGGUCGUCUUCAGAUACGAGCCAAUCAGGGUCACUCAGUGCAGGUUACAGAUCUGGAGCUGAGAGCAGUAGCACUUGAUGAUCCGGACUGUCCGAGAGAAGCUGUUCAUGGCUCAUAUAUGAAACACUGGCCCUCUAUACGCAGUCAGGGCAUCAGCAGAAUGAACAGAACUCACAUACAUCUGGCACCUGGACUUCCUGGAGAGGGCGGAGUCAUCAGUGGAAUGAGACCGAGUUGCGAUCUAGCGGUGUAUAUUGAUGUUGCGAAAGCUAUGAAAGAUGGGAUUCAGUUCUUCUGGUCAGACAAUGGCGUACUCUUGACCCCUGGAGAUGCUGCUGGGAUGUUAGCACCGCGCUAUUUCUCUCGAGCACAAAGACUGAAGCCCUCACCUUGUGAAAUUGAACUUCAUUAGCUGUCGGAGAGGAUCUCAUUCCGACCUCAAAACCAAAAGCUGGAGAUUGUACUUUUGAAAACAUUAAAAUAGAACAUCUUCUAAAUAAAAACUUUUUGUUUUUUUGUUAGAAACAA